AUGGCCAUAAUUGCUUUUCUCGCGCACACUGGGGUUAUGGCCCUGAUUUUCAGUGUCAGACAGAGAGUCGUAAGUCGUAAUAAUGAGUCGAGAUUGGAAGUAAAAGUCACCAGUAACGAACUCCACGGACUUGACAGCAGAUCGCGGGUCACUCCCCCGGAAGAGCCUCACCGCCUGCCAGCUCCAAUCGCGGCUUUCCCCCAUCGGUUCGAAUCCACAAUCAAGUCCAACUUCCUUCGUCUUCAGUUCUCACCUUCCACCCCUUCGCCUCUGUUUCCUCCUGUUCUAUCUUCCUGCCCCCGAGCACGGCUACCUCUCCGCUCCUCUCCUCCCCCUUUUCUUCUUGUUAGCACCCUUUUCGAGUCUUUCGAGCAUCUCUUUUCCAUCUUGCCCACCAUGUCCGGUGAAGCCUGGCUCUAUCUGUUGGCGGUGUUGAUUAACGCCGUCAACCUGUUCCUGCAGGUCUUCUUUACUAUCAUGUACAGCGAUCUGGAAUGUGACUACAUCAACCCCAUUGACCUCUGCAACCGCCUCAACGCCUACAUUGUGCCCGAGGCCGCCGUUCACGCCUUCCUGACCUUCCUGUUCAUCAUCAAUGGCUACUGGGUCGCCAUCGUCCUGAACCUGCCUCUGUUGGCGUUCAACGCUAAGAAGAUCUACGAGAACCAGCACCUCCUGGAUGCGACCGAGAUCUUCCGCAAGCUGAACGUGCACAAGAAGGAAUCUUUCAUCAAGCUGGGCUUCCACCUUUUGAUGUUCUUCUUCUACCUCUACAGCAUGAUCGUCGCCCUGAUCCGCGACGAGUCUCACUGA